AAACCGCAAACAACAAGUGUUUAAAUAUUUGUAUUUGUAUUCAUAAAACACUGACUGGUAUCAAUAACAAAUGAAAUACUGGCAAUGCUUUAAAGGCGCUGAACUGAAGUGCAGUGGAUAAAAAGUGAAAUAAUCAAAUGAUAAUGACACCUAUACACAAAUAUAUUUAAAAUUUAAUAUGAUUAAAUGUGCUAGCGUGUUUGAUUGAAUAAAAUCGAAUAGCAAAUGUGAUUAAAUUAAGUUUCCAACAGCUUUAGAAAAUCCGGCAGACCACCCCCAACUCGAUUUUAAUGAUCGCGGCACGUGCGCGUCCGUCGCUCCAUAUCGCUUACACGCCCAGAUAAUCUCUACUGAUAGAUGAACGACGAUAUGUUGCAAUGCAAAAAUUAAACUAGUUUAAAUGAAUGAGAUUAAAGAGGCGAGUGCUGCAGUUUAACAGUCAAACAAAUGUGUGAAAAUAUAAAUAUUCGCAGUGCCCGGAACUGCCAAGCCACAUGAGCGGGCUCAGAAGCGAGUUCAGAAGAACUAACUAAACUCAUUAGAAAACCAAACACAAAAAAAAUAUUCUCAUCACCACCAUGAACAAAGUCGCCACCGAAGAACCCAGCGCUUCAAGCGCUACGACGAAGCAUGUCAAAAUCAACUCUUCCGCCGUCAAAGCCACCAACACCACAACAACCGAUACUGCCACCUUGCCGAAGGAAAGCGCGGCACCCUCUACUUCGACUUCGACGCCCACCCUCGCACAAAUUGGCAAACAAACAUCGCAGCAUUUUCGUCUCAGUCAAAUCUCCGACAGCGGUGCUGAGAGUGGCGACGAACAGACGCGCCUCAUACGCUCACCCUCCGCGCGUUCACAUAAAUUCAUCAUCAUACCCGCCACACCGCCCACGCCCAAUUUAACGCCUACCGGCUCAACAAAAGAAAAACCUCCCACAUUUCGACCAACCUUCUCAGCAAACUCAUUGUCCACACUAGCGGCCACAAUCCAGAAGACGCCCGGCACAAGUUCACAACAAACCACAAAACAACAGCCGCCAUUACAAAGACCGAAAUCAGUGGCGCGUCAGUUGUCUGCGUUAGCAUCGGCGGUGGCGGGCACAAUAACUACAGUAGCCGCAGCACAACUGCAGCCGCCGCCGCCGCCGCCGCCAAACGGAGAGAAUCAAAUACCUACGCCGGCUACAGUUAAUCAGUCAAUGCGCACAUCGCCGCACCACAGCUCAAUUAAUUUCACGCGCGGUGCAUUAGCAGCCGCAACAGCAACGGCAGCAGCAACACCAUCAUCAUUAACACGUUCAGCAAAAUCACAAUCGGAUGUAGCUCAUCAGUCGACUAGCGCUAAUACGCCAGCCAAAACAGCAACAACAAUAGCAGCUGCGCUUAAUAAUAAUACAGCUGGCGUGACAUUUACAAUUGAGGAUUGCGAAUCGGAUGGUGGCGUUAGCAGCGAUUAUAUGCCUGGCUUCGAUGCAACACUUCAUCCGAGCAAUGCAACCGCAAUCAGUUCCAUUAAAUCCGCGACGAAACUCACACCCGCAUAUACGAUUGCUGUCGGUACACAGACGCCACUCUCCUCAUCGACAACAGCGUUGGUUACAGCCAGCACAGCACCCGCAUCCACAACAGUCUACCCCUACUAUCGUAGCGCCUUGACUGCCAGCGAAACAACGCCAUAUUUGCAAGGGUUUAGUUCACGCGGCCGCAGCGAGAGGAGCAGCAUGAGAUCGGUGGUAUCAGCUUACAUUCCCAGUUCCCAGGAUCCCCUUGGCGAUGCGCUGGCACAAUAUGAGCAACAGCAACAACAACAACAACAUUAUUUACGACCCAGUCAUUCGGGCAAAGAUUUAAGCGCUAGUUCCUCAUUCAUUUAUCGCGAUCACGUUGCCAAUCAAAUAUAUUCGGAUGUGACGUCGGUACGUUCAUUAGCAUCGAUUGGCAUCGGUUCGACGGAUGGACGUAGAUUGGUGAUUAGACGAGUGCCGCAUACCCCGCAUGAACUAUUCAAUAUGGUGCAUCCACCGACGCCACCUCUUCCGGGCGUUGAUGAUGAUGACAACGAUAGCUUUCUGGAUCCAUCUGACGAUGCGGUCAAUUUAAAGCCACGUCAACAACAUUGGGCCAACAAAAUGCAAUUCGUGCUAGCCUGCAUAGGAUACUCAGUGGGGCUGGGCAAUGUCUGGCGUUUUCCCUAUAUGUGCUAUAAAAGUGGAGGAGGUGUGUUCUUAGUACCUUAUUGCAUUAUUUUGUUUAUAUGCAGCAUUCCUUUGUUAUUUAUGGAAUUAUCAAUUGGUCAAUACACCGGACGUGGACCAAUUGGAGCGUUAGGACAACUAUGCCCGCUUUUUAAAGGCGCUGGUCUUGCUAGUGUAGUUGUAUCCUUCCUAAUGUCCACUUAUUAUAGUGUCAUCAUAGGUUAUUCAAUUUAUUACUUUUUCGCAUCAUUUAGACCAGACAUGCCAUGGAUUGAUUGCAAUAACAGGUGGAAUACGCCAGACUGUUGGGUAUCGCAAGGACCUUUCAAAGAUACUUUUGCACCAAACACAUCACGCACACCGUCUGAAGAGUUUUUCGAAAACAAAGUUUUACAAAUCAGCCCUGGUAUUGAGUAUCCAGGUGCAAUGCGUUGGGAAUUGUUUGUCUGUCUCAUAUGUGCCUGGCUUAUGGUCUACUUCGCCACAUGGAAAUCGAUCAAAUCAUCGGCGAAGGUACGCUACUUCACCGCCACUUUCCCCUUCAUACUAAUUAUCAUACUUAUGGUACGUGCGGUCACGCUCGAAGGUGCCGAUGAGGGUUUACGCUACUUCUUUCGACCAAAUUGGUCCGAAUUGAAACAUGCCAAUGUAUGGAUAAAUGCUGCAUCGCAAAAUUUCAACUCACUCGGCAUUACAUUCGGCUCAAUGAUCUCUUUUGCGAGUUAUAACAAAUACAAUAACAACAUUGUACGCGAUACGGUGGCUGUAAGCGUUGUGAAUAUGCUAACUAGUCUAUUGGUGGGUGUAUUUGCAUUUGCAACUCUGGGAAAUUUGGCGUUGGAACAAAACACGAAUGUACGCGAUGUGAUAAGCGAUGGGCCAGGUUUGAUAUUCGUGGUAUAUCCACAGGCGAUGGCAAAAAUGCCAUAUGCACAGCUGUGGGCGGUGAUGUUUUUCUUCAUGCUACUAUGUUUGGGUCUCAAUUCGCAGUUUGCCAUUGUUGAGGUGGUCGUGACUUCCAUACAGGAUGGUUUUCCAAAUUGGAUUAAACGCCACUUGGGCUAUCACGAGAUUGUAGUGUUGUUCGUGUGCGUUAUCUCCUUUCUUUUUGGUCUACCAAAUCUGAUACAGGGUGGCAUUUACUACUUCCAAUUAAUGGAUCACUAUGCCGCUUCUAUAUCGAUUAUGUUCCUUGCAUUCUGCCAACUAAUCGCGGUAGCUUGGUUCUAUGGCACUGGACGGCUAUCGAAGAAUGUCAAACAGAUGACUGGAAAAGCGCCAACAUUAUAUAUCAAAACUUGUUGGCUCUUACUGGGACCCUGUUUACUUUUUGCCAUCUGGGUGUUGAGUUUAAUCAACUACGAAGAACCAAGCUAUCACAAUGGUCGCUAUAAAUAUCCUGACUGGGCCUACGGCAUUGGCUGGAUGUUUUCAUCAUUGUCACUCAUCUGCAUACCUGGCUAUGCUAUUAUUAAUUUGCUGCGCGCAGAGGGACGCACUUUCAUGGAGCGCCUUAAAAACACGCUACGCCCCAACAUCUAUGAGUGUCGCAUUUGUGGCGAACAUCAUUGCGAGCACGACUUUCCUGAACAGGAACAAUAUAUGCUUGCGCAAGAGCUAUCGGGUAUUUAUAAACCAAAAGACCCAUUGGAUCCUAAUGUGCAGCUGCAUCAUUUGAAUGUAGGCAAUAAAGCGGGCUAUAACCCAAUGCAUCUGCAACGCGAGCCAACUGAAUAUGGGUAUGAGGAAAAAUCGCCACCAGAAGAAGAUACUCAGUUGCCGCCAGCGUCCACAGCAAGCACAUCGACAGCAGCGGGAAAUAAUAACAAAGUUUGAAUAGGUUCUAAUGCUAACAGCUAUCGAAAGAUGUUGGCCCCUGCGUGUACCUACUACUCACAUACAUUCCGCUCAGAUAGUACUCAUAUUUAGUUAGAUAAAAUAUUAUUCAAUUAAAUUUGACGCAUCGAAAAUUAGUAUUUUUUGCAUUGUUCGCAAAAUUUCGCUUUUUCUCAUCAUGCUUAACAAAUCGCGUUGCUAGGUGUUCUCUGGAAUUAAAUACAUUUGUUAUACAUAUGUACAUACAUAUCUACUACAUAUAUGAAAAUUUAAAUAUUUUCUAUGCACAUACUUACUAUGUACACAU